AUGCAUCAACAAACCCUCCUCCCCAUCCUGGCCCUCGCCCUUGGCGCAGCAGCCAAAACUGACAUCGGAGGCUGCGUCUCUACCAAGGUCCCCUACAUGACGCAGGAUACGUUGGUGUACAGCUCCCUCCUCUGGUACCUCCCCGACACAGGCGAAAUCUGCGAAAUCCUCGACUGCGGCGGCGGCCGCGCACCCCCAAAGACCAACGUCCCUGGUUGUGGGAACUACGCCGGGACAGAGGAGUACAAGCCGAGGUUCUGGACUGGGUUCAACGCUGAGCCGACUACUACUAGUGUGGUUGCGAAGCCGACGACGGAGGUGAAGACUGUGACGACGGGUGUGGAGGCGACGACUACGAAGAAGAGUGAGGUGCCGGUUGAGACAGGGGCUGUUGGUAAUGAGGAGGAGACGGAGGCACUGAAGCCGACGACGUUGGUUACUGUUUCGACUAGUGCUGAUGGGAGUGCUGUGACGAGGACGGUGGAGGAGGUUGUGGAGAGUACUGAGGGGGCGGGUGCUGAGGGGGCGCAGGAUGGGGGUGAUGCUGAGGGUGAGAGGAGCAGCAGCAGUGGCAGUAGUACUUCGGUUUCGACUGCGGGUGCGGCGCCGACGGGGGUGGUGAUGAUGGGAGUUGUGGCUGGUGUUGCGGCGGGGAUGGCUUUUGUUGCCUAGAGGGUGUUGGUACCUGUGAAUUAGUAAUUAUGCGUUUAAACUCCAAAGGGAGGAAUUGAAUCAAGACGAAACUGCAUGUUGGCA